GGCGCCACGCGCUCCGGCACGGUAACGUACGGCAGCUCUCGUCCUCGUCGUGUCGCGUUUCUAGCGUUCAUCCAGCGUCGCGCUUUGUAACCCUCCGCAACCCUCUGGAGUGAGUUUUCGCGCGCGAAUUACAGUUUCCCGAGAGCGUCGCGCAGGACAUUGAGACGCGAAUGUGAACGUAGCGAGCGGAGAGAGAAAGAGAAGCCAGAGAUAGGAGGAACACCUCUCGAUUACCGGAGAACCGCAGCGGGAACGAGCGCGAAACCCUGGGAGGAGAGAGGAGGAUUUCAACGUGGCCUUACGGGUCGCGGAUCCUCCGCGUUAAAAUGCGACCACCAUGUGCACCGAUUCGGCGGUGGUAGACGCAGCCAGGUAAAGCGUGGGCGCCGGUAAGGUUGCGGUGGCGAAGAAGAGGCUUCCCCCGUAGUGGUGGGCAGCGAUAACCGGACGAUUGAGAAUGACGGACCCCUCGGUCGUCACCAGCAUCGAUAUCGUCGGCAACAUCGCAACGGAGACGACAAUAAAAACGACGCGGAGGACGAAGACGACGAGCUUUCGGGAAAUCACGUGUCCGAGCGUUGCUUAGGACGACGUGAUGUGAGAGAGCUGGGACGAACGGAGGAGCACAGAGGAGCACCACGUUCGCACCGAGAUUAACCGAAGAUCGUGGAGCUGCCAGCUGAUUGCUAAUAAACACCAAUCCGGGCGCGCGCGCGGCAUGUCUCUUGUUAAUUGAGAUCGCCCCCUCGUCCCCCCACCCCUUCCCCCUCGUUGACGCUCGGGAAGAAGCAGUCCACUGGACUGGAAUAAAGAGCGGAUUGAACGGCGGAUCCGCUGCUGCUGACAAGAUGGCAUGUCCGUUCUCCGCCGGGCGCUUUAAGUCGGUCCACAAAGACGAGAGGAACAGGGAAGGGGAGCACCGGAGGCUCGCGAGGAUCCGGCAGGAUGAGAGAGGCAAGCCGCCGCGGCAGCCGUCGGUCCAAAUCACGUCGUCGCUCCUCGGCGAGGACAACGACGACCUCGAGGACACGCAGACGCUUAAUCUGAAGCAUCUGAGGGCAGCCGUGAUCGUCCUGACUAACCCUUCGAACGAAGUGGUAGCUGUGGCAUUAGAGGCUCUGUUAAGCAAACAUGAAGCACCUUUUCCAAUGUCGACGUCAUUAGAAAAACUUCUGCAUAAUGUUGAGGAGGAGGAGAACUAUAACUUGCUAGAAGAUAUUUACGAGACACUGAAUUACGAUUACGACGUCGACGUGAACGCGUUUCUCGAUCGUCUCGGCCAGGAGCUGAUCUCCACGGCUUGCGUGGGUCUGUUGGAACGGGCCUUCCGUUGCCUCGGAAACGAUCUCACCGCCUUCCUAACCACGCUGGACGGUGUGAACGACGUUGUCCAGCACCAGUCCGGAUCGGACACCACCGAGGCGGAGUUCGUGUGUAUCGCCACGCCGGAAGCAUUGGAAUUACACUUCACCACUGACCACCCUUCCAUAGCUUAUCUGCUGGUUGGCAGUCUCAAGGGCAUCGCCAGGCAGUUUUAUAACGACAAAGCCGAUGUGUAUAUACUGCCGGAUCCCUACAAUACUAAAUUUUUUAGAUACCGCAUCACUCCGGAGCGUUACAGCGAACAGACGCUGGACGCCGACGUAGAUGACGAUGAUUUCGACGUGACGUCGCCCACUUUCCGUCCACUCUCCACCGAGGCAACGGACCUUCGCAUGGGGGUAGCGAGCUUCUGCAAGGCGUUCCCGUGGCACUUCGUCGUCGAUCGCCAGCUGGAGCUCGUGCAGCUCGGCGUCGGUUUUAUGAGGAUCUUCGGCCACCACCUUAAUCGGCUCGGCAGAGAGAUAUCGACGUAUUUCGUCUUCACACGGCCCCACGGUGUCACUUUGACCUUUCACGAGGUCCUAAAGCGUGCGAACACACCGUUCAUCCUGACCCUUCAGAGGCCGCACGGCGUCGAUAAAUAUCCCGCAGAGGGUUUGGAAAUGAAGGGUCAGAUGGUACACUGUCCGGAAUCGGACUCGAUUUUGUUCGUCAGCUCGCCGUUCUUAAACGGUCUAGAGGGCUUAACCGGUCGAGGACUCUUCAUCUCUGAUAUUCCUCUUCACGAUGCUACGAGAGACGUUAUACUCGUCGGCGAACAAGCCAGAGCACAGGACGGCUUAAGGAGACGGAUGGAUAAACUGAAGAGCUCCAUAGAAGAAGCCAACCUAGCGGUCGAUGCGGAAAGGGAGAAGAAUGUCAGCCUCCUACAUCUCAUAUUUCCACCGGAUAUAGCGAAACGCUUGUGGCUGGGAGAAACAAUCGAGGCGAAGACAUAUUCGGACGUCACGAUGCUGUUCAGCGACAUAGUCGGGUUCACGGCUAUCUGCGCCACGGCAACGCCGAUGAUGGUCAUCAACAUGCUGCAGAACCUCUACGAGCAAUAUGACCUGUACUGCGGUCAGUUGGAUGUAUAUAAGGUAGAAACAAUUGGCGAUGCCUAUUGCGUUGCAUGCGGCCUUCAUCGAAAUACCAAUACACACGCUCAGCAAAUCGCAUGGAUGGGCCUAAAAAUGAUACAAACGUGCUCCCAUCACUUGACUCACGACGGCAAGCCAAUAAAGAUGCGCAUUGGCAUUCAUACCGGGAUGGUGUUGGCGGGCGUUGUGGGCAAGAAAAUGCCGAGAUACUGUCUCUUCGGGCACAACGUCACAUUGGCGAACAAAUUCGAGUCGACGAGUGAGCCGCUUCGUGUCAACGUCAGCCCAACUACGUACCUGUGUUUAAUUCAGAAAUCGGGAUUUAUAUUGGAACCGCGGACCAAGGACAAUCUACCUAAGGAGAUGCCAGCCGGUAUAUCGGGCACGUGUUACUUUCUAAACGGUUAUCAGCAUAGCGACGUCAGCGCAAGCGAGCCCCUCGAUGUGCACAUUCAAGCAGCGAUCAAGGAACUCGGAAUCAGUAGCAACACGUAGACACCUCUCGACAUGGAGUCAGUCGCGUACCGACGAAAUCGCUGAUCAAUGUGUUAUUUUAACGAUAUUACCGUCGAUAAUAGCGUUGACACCCGACAUUAUCAGAUCGAUGUAUAUGUGAGCUCUCAAGCUGGCACUAACAAAGAAGGUACAUUAAAAACAAGGCGCUAACUGUACGAAAACACAUUGAAGGAUCUUUGCGCGGGUACUAUUUAUACGCAGAGUCUUAGGGGGGUUGUAAUCAUUAUAUACAAAUUAAAUAUACGAGCAAGUAAAACUCUACUCAUGGACCUCA